CCCAUCCGACAAUGCCACUAGCCUCCAUUUCCGUUGAUUGAGCUCUCUUCUCUCUGCUCUUAACUCACCUUCCGCAAUCCCCGCAGAAGUAACGAAUUAGAAAGAGAAAUACAGACACAGAAUUAAACCCCAUGAGCCUUGAAAGGGUUUAAUCUCAUUUACAUUCCAUCUAAUCUCGUUUUACUCUACCUUCAUAUGUUGAUAAAUCCCUGAAAUUUUCCUUUUAUGGGUUGUGUUUCGUCUAAGCAAACGGUGUCGGUGACGCCGGCGAUUUACAAUUCCGGCGAAAAUGGGAAUCUGGGUGAGUCCGGUAGGAGCCAGGGGAUUGAAAAAACCAAGAAGAAGAAAAAGAAGAGGACUGAUUCAGGUGUGAGCGAGUUUGAUUUGGGUGAAUCAGGGAGAACGAGUUCCAUUAACGAGUCAGUGAGUUUCAGACUGGGAGAACAAAUCACUACUGGGUGGCCGACUUGGCUAACCGCCGUCGCCGGCGAUGCUAUUCACGGCUGGGUUCCUCUUAAAGCAGAUUCAUUUGAGAAAUUGGAGAAGAUUGGACAAGGUACUUAUAGUAGUGUAUUCAAAGCACGAGAAAUUGAAACAGGAAAGAUAUUUGCUUUGAAGAAGAUCAGAUUCGACAAUUUGGAUCCUGAAAGUGUUAGGUUUAUGGCGAGAGAGAUAAAGAUCUUACGUAAGUUUGAUCAUCCAAACAUUAUUAAAUUAGAGGGUUUAAUCGCUUCAAGAUUAUCAUGUAGUUUAUACCUUGUAUUUGAGUAUAUGGAUCAUGACAUUGCUGGUCUUAUCUCCAAUCCCGAUUGCAACUUCACCGAAUCACAGGUGAAAUGUUACAUGAAACAAUUCUUAAUGGGUAUCGAACAUUGUCAUUCUAAAGGUGUAAUGCAUCGAGAUGUUAAGGGUGCGAAUCUUCUAGUAAACGAUGAAGGGAUAUUAAAAGUGGGUGAUUUUGGAUUGGCGAAUUUCUGCAAUUCUUCCACUUUUGAUGGUGUUAAGCAGCCUUUGACGAGUCGAGUUGUCACUUUAUGGUAUCGUCCGCCUGAGCUUUUGUUGGGUUCGACGGAAUAUGGGUCGGCGGUUGAUCUGUGGAGCGUUGGCUGUGUAUUUGCAGAGCUUCUUCUUGGUAGACCUAUUUUACAAGGCAGGACUGAGGUUGAACAAUUGCAUAAAAUCUUUAAGCUUUGUGGUUCGCCUAGUGAUGAUUAUUGGAAAAAAUCGAAACUUCCUCAUGCAACUCUGUUUAAACCGCAACACCCUUAUGAAAGUUCCUUAUGGGAAACCUGCAAAGACCUUCCUAAACCGGCUGUAAAGCUUAUCGAAACAUUGCUCUCCGUCGAACCUCAUAAACGAGGAACCGCCACUUCGGCUUUGGCUUCCGAGUAUUUCACAACAAAGCCAUAUGCAUGUGAUCCAUCAAUUUUACCAAAAUAUCCACCUUGUAAGGAAAUUGAUGCAAAAAGUCGCGAAGAAGAAAAUCAUAUGAAGAGGCCUCCGGUUGAACGAUCACGUGGAUCAGAUGCAACAAGAAAGCUUACGAGAAGAAGACCAAACAGAGUCAACAAGUUAGCGGCUGCAGCUCCCACAAAGGCUCGGUUUAGUCACGGUUUGGCCAAUAAAGGUUAUAAAGCGAAUAGUUUUAAGGAAGAGGGUUCUUCUUCCCAUACCAAGAAUGCAUCAUCACAAGGAGAUGUUCCAUAUUCGGGUCCACUCCAAAUUUCAGGUUCGAGUGGAUUCGCGUGGGCUAAGAGAAGGCUUAACGAGUCUUCAAGUUCGAGAAGCCUAUUUGAAUGUCGAACGAAUUCGAGGGAGGAAGAUUCAUUCGAGAGGAUUAGCCAUUCGAUGCUGAAACAGUGGAGCCAGUUAGAUCGACAACAUGACUCUUUCGAUGCUUCCGAUGAAUAUCAUUCGCAGGAACUAUCGGACGCGAUUUAUCAACGCGAACGGAGUAUAGAUAAGAGGAUCAACGUGGUUUAUGAAGAUCAAGCUGAGAAAGUAGAAUUUUCGGGACCUCUGCUUACUAAAUCGCUUAAAGUAGACGAGCUUCUGGCUAGGCAUGAUCGUCAAAUUCGACAUGCAAUCCGAAAAUCAUGGUUUCAAAGAGGUAACAAACAUGAGAAGUAAACGCGAGAAUGGAAUCCUCAAACUCAAACUCGGGUUAUUUCCCAAACCAACCAAACAUCUCGGUUAACAAAAACAUGCGAUCAUCGGCCGAACAAUCACCGAGAACAGUUGGGGGAGAGACAAGGAACAAGACAAUCUUGUACAUUGUUUUUCAGUUUAGGAUCUGAUCAAAUUGUAUGUUGUGAUCAAAUAUGACAUUUUAUAAAACCAGAGACAAUAUGGUUUAUGUACAAAUUAUAUGAAUUGAGAAUGCCUCCAUCUGCAACAAUGAAUUUCUUUUAUUUAUA